GCACACGCGGCACGCAGGCCGGAGGGAGGCGGCUCGGCGGCGGCGUGCUCCGCGGGCCGGCGGGAGGGCUGGCGGGCGGCCCCCGCUCCCCGGCUCGGCGGCUCGGUGCAGCCCGCGCGGCCCUCCGCCCUCGGACCCGCCCCCGGGGGUCGCCCGGCCCCAUGCCCUGCUGCGGCGGAGGAGCAGCGUGCGGCCGCGGGCGGCUCUGAGGAGCCCGGAGGGAGCCGGCGACGAGGGGACCAUGUACCGGGACCCGGAGGCGGCCAGCCCAGGGGCACCCACCCGCGAUGUCCUGCUGGUCUCUGCCAUCAUCACCGUCAGCCUUAGCGUCACUGUCGUUCUCUGCGGCCUCUGCCACUGGUGUCAGCGCAAACUGGGCAAGCGCUAUAAGAAUUCUUUGGAGACCGUGGGCACGCCAGAUUCGGGGCGCGGGCGCAGUGAGAAGAAAGCCAUCAACGAUCUAGACAGAGACUUUUGGAAUAACAAUGAGAGCACAGUGCAGCAGAAAUGGAGCUCCUACCCUCCCAAGGAGUUUAUUCUAAACAUUUCACCCUACGCCCCUUAUGGCGACCCACGACUGUCCCUCAAUGGCACCCUCCUGUCGGGCGCCAAAGUGGCCGCCGCGGCGGGGCUGGCGGUGGGACGGGAAGGCCGGCUGGGGGAGAAGCCGGCGCCGGUGCCACCACCAGGAGAGGACGCCUUGAGAAGCGGCGGGGCUGCCCCCAGCGAGCUGGGCAGCGGUGGCAAAGCGGGGAGAGGCCGCUGGCGGACGGUGCAGGGCCACCUGGCCGCAGGGAAGCUCAACUUGUCCAAUUUCGAGGACUCCACCCUGUCCACGGCCACUACCCUUGAAUCUAUCCCCAGCUCCACGGGAGAGCCGAAAUGCCAGCGACCCCGCACCCUGAUGCGGCAGCAGAGCCUGCAGCAGCCGCUGAGCCAGCACCAGCGGGGCCGGCAGCCCAGCCAGCCCACCACCAGCCAGAGCCUGGGCCAGCUGCAGGCCCAUGCGGCCUCAGCGCCAGGCCCCAACCCCCGGGCCUAUGGCCGGGGCCAGGCUCGGCAGGGCGCCUCGGCCGGCUCCAAGUACCGGGCGGCUGGGGGCCGCAGCCGCUCCAACCCGGGCAGCUGGGACCACGUGGUGGGGCAGAUUCGAAACCGAGGCUUGGACAUGAAAUCCUUCCUGGAAGGCCGGAUGGUGGUGCUAUCCUUGGUCUUAGGGCUCUCGGAGCAGGAUGACUUUGCCAAUAUCCCUGACCUGCAAAACCCAGGAACCCAGCAGAACCAGAACGCUCAGGGGGACAAGAGGUUACCUGCAGGUGGGAAGGCGGUGAACACAGCCCCAGUGCCCGGCCAGACGCCCCAUGAUGAGUCUGACCGUCGGACUGAGCCCCGCUCUUCUGUCUCGGACCUCGUCAACUCCCUCACCAGUGAGAUGCUCAUGCUCUCCCCAGGCUCCGAGGAGGACGAGGCCCAGGAGGGCUGCAGCCGAGAGAACCUGGGCCGGAUCCAGUUCAGCGUCGGCUACAACUUCCAGGAGUCCACGCUCACCGUGAAGAUCAUGAAAGCCCAGGAGCUGCCAGCCAAGGACUUCAGCGGUACCAGCGACCCCUUUGUCAAGAUCUACCUGCUGCCAGACAAGAAGCACAAGCUGGAGACCAAGGUGAAACGCAAGAACCUGAACCCCCACUGGAACGAGACCUUCCUCUUUGAAGGUUUCCCCUACGAGAAGGUGGUGCAGAGGGUCCUCUACCUCCAGGUCCUGGACUAUGACCGCUUCAGCCGCAAUGAUCCCAUCGGGGAGGUGUCCAUCCCCCUCAACAAGGUGGACCUGACCCAGAUGCAGACCUUCUGGAAGGAUCUGAAGCCAUGCAGCGAUGGGAGUGGGAGCCGAGGGGAGCUGCUCUUGUCACUCUGCUACAACCCCUCUGCCAACUCCAUCAUCGUGAACAUCAUCAAAGCCCGCAACCUCAAAGCCAUGGACAUCGGGGGCACAUCAGACCCCUAUGUGAAGGUGUGGCUGAUGUACAAAGACAAGCGGGUGGAGAAGAAGAAGACGGUGACGAUGAAGAGGAACCUUAAUCCCAUCUUUAACGAGUCCUUCGCCUUCGACAUCCCCACGGAGAAGCUCAGAGAGACCACCAUCAUCAUCACCGUGAUGGACAAGGACAAGCUCAGCCGCAAUGAUGUCAUUGGCAAGAUCUACCUGUCCUGGAAGAGUGGGCCGGGGGAGGUGAAACACUGGAAGGACAUGAUCGCCCGUCCCCGCCAGCCUGUGGCUCAGUGGCAUCAGCUGAAGGCCUGAGUGGGGCCCAAGGAGGCCCAGGGGGCUGAGGCCCGGGGCCCCAUCCUGCCCUCGCCAUUUUAUGCACAAUGCCAGGCCUGGCACCCCCUUGCCAUGGGUGAGGGGAAGACCCUGAGGGCUCAGCCAGGGAGGGGUCCCAGGACUUGAUUGGGCCCCAGUUCUAGGAAGUACCAGCCCCAUCCCCCCACUCACCGGCACAGCUCGGGGGAGGGGCUCCAGGAGCCAUUUUCCUGCUUUGCCCUUUUCCUUCCUGACUUGCCAGUCCUCAAGAAGGGGGGGCAGCGCUCCCAGGGGCCACACCGGCCAUUCCCUCCAGAGGCCCGCCAGGUGGGCACGGGGCCCCCGUUUUCUUUAAGGCAGUGCCUGGAGUGGAGAGAGAGGCCACCACCUCCUAAUCCCUGCUUUGGGACCCAGGAGAGAACAGGCAGAGGUGCCCCCCAGCCACUGGAGGUGGGGGGACAGUGUCAGAGGCCGGCUGGGCCCUGAACAGCCAGGAGAAUGUUGUGUCUGUUUCCCGGUCCUGGAGCCGUGGCCCUGUGCACUUGUGUUGUGUCCACUGCGUGUGUGCGUGGGUGCAUGUGUCUGUGCG